AUAUAAUCUAAUUCAGCACUUAAAUAUCAAAUAUGAUGUACACCAUGGUACAGUGUCGUACAUAGUGACAGGAAAAUAACCAGUUUAGAAAUUGUGUUAAGGAACAAAACAAUUACAGCAAAGGUUGCUUACGGACCGGUUUAGAUGGUGUACGUUGUCAACCCAGCUGGUUCUUCGUUUCAUUCGAUUGAUGGCUGAUGCAAGCUGAGGAACACCAUACGGCUGAAAAUGACGGACUGUGGAGGUGACGGCUCACUAGGUUUGAGUCCUUUGGACCUGUACGAAAAGUUAACUGCUCAAGGAGACACAGUAAGAGAGCUCAAAUCACAAAAGGCAGACAAGUCUGAUAUAGAAGCAGCUGUGAAAUUGCUCCUUGCGCUGAAGCUGGACUAUAAAAAAGUAACUGGCCAGGAUUACAAAGCUGGAUGUCCACCAACCAAUGAUGGAACUCCAUCCGAUAAUGGACCAGCUUCAGAAGAAGGAGAUGAUAUGGUGAACCCUUGGGCAGUGUCUACAAGCAGUGCCAAAGGAGUCGAUUAUGACAAGCUCAUUGUGAGAUUUGGUAGCAGUAAGAUUGAGCAGGAUCUUGUGGACAGGAUAGAAAGAGUAUCAGGGCAGAAGGCUCACAGGUUUCUCAGAAGAGGAAUCUUCUUUUCCCACAGAGACAUGAACCUGGUAUUAGACGCCUAUGAGAACAAGAAGUCAUUUUACCUGUACACAGGCCGUGGUCCAUCCUCUCAAGCUAUGCAUGUUGGGCAUCUCAUCCCUUUUAUUUUCACCAAGUGGCUACAGGAUGUGUUUGACAUUCCUCUGGUGAUCCAGCUGACUGAUGACGAGAAGUAUCUGUGGAAAGAUCUGACACUGGAGGAUUGUAACCGAUUUGCUGUAGAGAACGCCAAAGACAUCAUCGCCUGUGGCUUUGACGUCAACAAAACGUUUAUCUUCUCCGACCUGGACUACAUGGGAAGCAGUCCGUCCUUCUACAGAAAUGUCGUGAAGAUCCAGAAACAUGUAACAUUUAACCAAGUGAAGGGAAUCUUUGGCUUCACCGACAGUGACUGCAUUGGCAAGAUUAGCUUCCCGGCUAUUCAGGCAGCUCCGUCCUUCAGCAACUCCUUCCCCCAGAUCUUCAACGACCGGAAGGACGUGACGUGCCUCAUCCCCUGUGCAAUCGAUCAGGACCCGUACUUUAGGAUGACCAGGGACGUUGCUCCCCGGAUCGGCUACCCCAAACCCGCACUACUGCACUCCACCUUCUUCCCCGCCCUGCAGGGGGCGCAGACCAAGAUGAGUGCUAGCGACGCCAACUCCUCCAUCUUCCUCACGGACACCCCCAAACAGAUCAAAACCAAGGUGAACAAAUACGCUUUCUCUGGAGGCAAGGACACCAUUGAAGAGCACAGGCAGUAUGGUGGCAACACCGAGGUGGACGUGUCCUUCAUGUACCUCACAUUCUUCCUGGAAGACGAUGAACAGCUGGAGAAAAUUCGACAGGACUACACCAGUGGUGCUUUGUUAACAGGAGAGCUGAAGAAACUUUUGAUUGAAACCCUGCAGCCAAUGAUCGCCUCCCACCAAGAGAGACGCAAGCAGGUCACGGAGGACAUGGUGAAACAGUUCAUGACGCCACGCAAAUUAGACUUCAACUUCUAGUGAUGGAGGGAAGCACAGAGGGUUGUGGAGUUGGCAAUUUAAACACCGUACUUUACUGAAAUUCAGUUUCCUGAUGCCUUGAGGCUCCACCCCAUCAAGAGCUUUUUACAUUUGCUUACAAAAAUAAUAAUAAUAAAUUGAAGAUUUAAUCAAACAGCUUUUAACAGUUCCCUAGUGCCUCUUUUCCACAGCCGUUUUUCUGGUAGGCCUACAGUUCGACACAGCACGACUCGGCCACUACUUUUUGCAUUUUGAUUGGGCACGACACAGCUAAAUCGAAGAGCAAAACAUGGCGGCCGAGUCACGCUGUGUCGAGCUGUAGGCCUACCAGAAAACCGGCAGUGGAAAAGAGGCACUGCACCCUUUGUCCUGGACACAUGAAGGUCAGAAACUGGCCACGAGUCACCAGAAGCCUGGUGCCCACACUUGACAUACGCAUGAUUAAUCUAGAAAUAUCUCUGCUGUAAAAAAUGAAAAGAAUAAAUGUAAAUUGAUGGUG